AUGUUUUUCGGGGGCUCGUGGGUGCCGCGGGGGGAGGAGUUUGGGGGCGCCGCGCAGUGGCUGGGCUACGAGUCGCUGUUUGCCUCCGUGGACGUGCUGCACUGCGCGCUGCUGGGGAUCGUGCUGCUGGGCUUUCUGCUGGCCUCCUUCACGGAGGACGCCUCGAGCGACUCGCUGCGGGUGUCCUGGAUAGCGACGCAGCUGCUGCCGGGGCCCCGGGCCCCCCCAGCGCUGGGCGCGGGCCUCUCGGACGUGCAGCAAAUGCUGAAGAAGCUGGCGGAACAGAAAGCUGCGCAGCGGCUGCGCGGGCUGCUGCAGCCCCUCGCAGAGGCCCUCGAGGAAGGCAGACUGUUAGAAGUGGCUGCGGAGGCGCUGCGGCGGCUGCGGGACUCGGCGGGGUUCUACGCGCGCGUGCUGUACGUACGCCGCUUCGCCGAGGGCACGCGCCACCUCUUCUACAUGGCGCAGAAGAUUAAACUCGGAAUUGAAGUGCGGCCCGGGGAGUCGGAAGUGGUCACUUACGUGGAGGCCAAGCGGGCCCUCAAGGAGGACAACAGGUGGCCCUUCAUGGUCGAGAUCUCCAACGUCAAGGCCGACAGGGUCCUCUGCGCCGGCAACAAACACGCCUACCCCAUGAGCUCCUACAGCUACCUCGACUUCAUCCGCGAACCCCAAGUGCAGGAGGCGGCGAUAGCGGCGGCGCGGGAGUGGUCGACGGGGUCGCACGGCGCGCGCAUGCUGGGGGGCAACUCGACGAUCCUGCGGCAGCUGGAGCGGCGGGUGGCGGAGUACUACGGGCGAGACGACGCGCUGCUGUGCGCGACGGGGUUUCUGGCGACGAUGAGCGCAGUGGCGGCGGUGGCGAAGAAGGGGGACUUGGUGAUAGCGGACAGCCGCGCGCAUGCGUCGCUGCGGACGGGCAUGAGCGUGUGCGGGGCGCGGUGCCUGUUCUUCAAGCACAACAACUACGGGCACUUGCUGCGGCUGCUGCAGCGGGAGCGGCACAAGUACCGCGGCUGCUGGCUGGUGAUCGAAAGCGUCUACUCCAUGGAGGGCGACAUCGCGGAGCUGCCCGUGCUGCGCACUCUGGCGAACAGCCACAACUGCAGGAUCCUCUGCGACGAGGCCCACGGGCUGGGCGUGCUGGGGCGCACGGGGCGCGGCCUGGAGGAGCACUUCGACAUGCCGGGCGCCUGCGAAGUGCUGUGCGGGACUUUCUCCAAGUCCAUCGCCGGCGUGGGGGGCUUCAUCACCUGCAAGCGGCCGCUCAUCGACUUCCUGGACUUCCACGCCCCCGGCUCCGUCUUCUCCGCCUCGCUCACCGCCUACUCCGCGGGCGGGGCCCUCAAGGCCUUCGAGCUGAUGACUGGCGAGCAGCAGUGGCGCAUCGGGAGGGCCCAGGAAAACGCCAAGUACCUGCGGGCCCUCAUCGAGAGCGGCGACGGCUGCUGGCCCGCGGACUACCCGCAGGAACUCAAGUACGAGGUCGAGGGCCUCGCCUGCACCACCGUCAUCCCCGUCGUCUUUCCCAACAGUCCCCAGCGCAUGUUCCGCAUCACCACCUGUCUCCUCGACAAGGGCUUCUACUGCGCCGCCGCUGCUUUCCCCGCCUGCCCGCUGCUGCGGCCCCGCAUCCGCGUCACCGCCACCGCCGCCUACACCAAGCAGCUCAUGCACGCCUUCGUCAGGGCCCUCGUCGAGACCACCGUCCAGAUGCUCCCCGACGACCACCACCACGCCAAACGCAAACUCCCGGGGCCCCUCUGA